CCCCAUGGCAGCAUUUUCUGCUAACAAGAAGAGGGGCAACAUUCAUAACCAGACUAUGCAACAAUCGUUUACAUCGCCAACUACCAGUGGUUGGCACGCACCAUCCCAUCCCGGACCAAGGAGCUUCGAUAGGGAUUUGCCUGUCCAUCAGAUGCAAAGCCAAUUUUCACCUGCUCAAGGUGUAUACAACCAUGGUCCAUACAACCCAAGAAUAAGAAGUCCUUCACUCAUGCAUCCAGGCCAAUCUGGUGCUUGGAAUGGAUCACAGGCCACUGAUCAUUAUAACUUAGUAUCUGAUGGAACACCGAGAGGAAUGUAUAGUAAUCCUCCCAGGCAUCCUGGAACUUCUCAAAGGGUCUGGAAUCCUUCUAAUACAUCAACUUAUGGUAAUUUGCCCGGCCCUUACUUUUCUCUAGGAGAUAGCCCUAGUUUCAACUAUGGAGCAGCCAGGCCUCAAAUGUUUGGUAACAGGCCGAAUCUUGAUCAAGGAUCUGGAGGUAGUGCUUAUAUCAGUCCAGGAAGAGGCAGGAGUCGUGGAUACAGUGGGAGCAGCACUCCUGGUUUAGGAAGGAGUGUCGGACGAGGACAAGGUUUUCGUGGUCGUAGCUCAGCAUCAAACAGGAUAUUAGGGCCAGAGAGUUACUUUGAUCAAUCCAUGUUGGAAGAUCCUUGGCAGCAUUUAGAACCUAUUCCAUGGAAAAGACAAGAAGCUGGAAUGGAUAGUUCGAGUACUCCGGGCACUUCAAAUUCCUGGCUUCCGAAAUCCAUUGACCCAAAGAAGGCAAAAGUUUCAGAGGCUUCUUCAAACAAGUUUAACUCUCAACAAAGUCUGGCCGAGUACCUUGCUGCUUCAUUCAACAAAGCUGUUGAGGAUACGCAAAAUGAAUGAAAGUUGCUCAAAUCUCAAAGAACAACCACAAUUGGCUUGAAAUGAGAAGAGAUCUGUUAUGGCAACUUGAUGAGAUUUGCUUUUCUCCCAUUCUCAUUAAUCUCAGCAGGCUUAUCUUUGAGAUUUGAAUUCGAAGAUUUCUAGAUGAAGCCAAGAUUAUUUUAAUGGAGGACAAGCAACGGUUUUGGCUUUCGAACUGGGUCUG